AUGGCCACCGCCGGCACGGAAAUCGAGCUGGUGGUGUGCGUCGUGGAGGGCUGCCUACUCGUGCCCACGCUGCUAUGCGUACUGCGCUUCCCGCUCAGAUCCGACACGUUCUCCCGUUUUGCGCUGUUCGUGCUGCUGCUGCCCGAGCUCAUGCAGCUGCUCUCGCGGAUCGUCAUCAAUUUUUCUGGGAACUACCGACCGUCAACACUCCUGGUGCUGAGCUGCUUGAGGACGGGAGCCGGGCUGAGCCUGUUGCUGUCGACGUUGCUGGUCGUCGUCUGCUCAUUUCAUCACCUACUCACCCUCGACUACAAGGGCAGCCGGAUAAACAAGAUCCUGUGCUUGUUGGUGCUGCUCAUAAACCUGUGCGUGCUCGGUUUCGCGCUGUACGCCGCCUUCGACUUGACGGUGAUGGCGCAAACGUACGCGUCCAUCUUCGCGUUUGCCGAGAACCUGACCCUCGCUCUAGUCGCGGCCGCCAUUUUGUUUCGGACGCACCAAAAACGCGCCCAAUUCGCCGAGCGGCGCCGCGGGCCGAACGCGAAGCUGCUCUUUGGCCAAACCGUCGCUUACGCGCGCUGGCAGUGCGCCGUCUACUUCAUCACUUUCGAAUAUUUCGUCUUCUUCCCCGGCUACAAGGGGGCAGAAUAUGUUGAAACAUCAGCAAAAGUGCCCGACGCCUGGUCGCCGUAUCCCUUCGGAACGUUGUGGGCUUUUGUGUGCCUGAUGAGGGGACCUUUGUCGGUGGCCGGGAUCUGGCUCUGGCAUCCGGCGUUCAGAUAUGAUCUCCGGAGGGCGUUAAGGCAUAAGAAUACCAAGGCGGCCAACACGAUCACGAUAUCUAGUGAUUUUUCGGACCGGAAUCAGCCGAUUCCCGUCGGGGACACGCGCGAACCGUCACAACAUCGGCUCAGCGUCCACCCCGAGCAGUACACUAAACGCAAUAAGCCCCAAGUUGUCAAGGGCCCAUUCGCGCAAAUUGAGCGCCAACAACAGCGCCUGGGGACGUCGUACAUCACGAGGAGA